AUGUCUACCGGAUGGUUUACUGGCUGGAGCUUAAACACUGCCAUUACCGAAACUCUUCAAAAGCGACUACUUACGUUUCUGUUAAGGAAAGCUGUCGGUCAGUUUUUAGCAGAAGAACUGGAUCUUAAUAAUCUUGAAGUGCAACUGGGCAAUGGCUUUUUACAAUUGAGAGAAUUACAACUGAACGUUGAGGUUCUCAAUGAACUUUUCACAGAUUUACCGUUUUCGAUUGCCAGCGGUAAAAUUGGUGGAAUAACCGCGCGUAUUCCGUGGACAACAUUUUGGAAACAGGAAUAUGUUUUGGAAAUUGAUAGUCUACAGCUUAUUCUCGUUCCUGAACAAGCAAAGCCUCGAAAUGCCAAAUCUGCACCCGAAGAUUCCCAUAUAUUAUCUUCGUCAAUACAUUUCGCUGGAGAUUUCCUUCAAAACGAGCUUCCGGCUGAAGCAGAUGAAGCGCUUCGUAACUCUAUCUAUCAAUCUUUUCAUAAUAGUGCGUCUUUCGUAUCUGACAAUAAUGACAGCAACAUUAUGGAGCAAUCUCAGACUUUUACUCAACAGGGAGAAGGAGAAAUCGAAGGAAUUCAAGUAUUGGCAAGCUUCAUUGAUAAUAUAAUUGCUAGUGUUAAAGUUGUGUUUAAGGAUACACUGAUUAGGCUGCAUCACCAAUCUACGAUAUUACCUUCAGAGCAUAUGACGAGUGGUCAAGAGCAAUUGAGAGAUUAUUAUUUUGAUCUGGAACUUCCUGAAAUUUCAUAUAAGGAUGAAACGCUUGGAAUGACGGACGAAAGUCAACCCGAAGUAUCGAAUGUCACGCUAUCUGCAAAAUCUAAAAUGAUUAAGCAUCUUUCAAUAUCCGGAUUGAGUAUUUGGCUUAGGGAAGAAUUGACUGCCGCAACUCGUUCAUCAGAUGCUCCUCAAGAUACUACAUUUUUCAAUAGUUCUCUUGCAACGAGUUCCAUUCAUUUAGAUCCACAAUCACUUGACAAAAAAGAUAAUAUAUUCCUUAGUGCAUCCGAGUUUACAGAGGGUCACGACAGUGGGGAUGAGUAUUAUGACGCUCAUGAUAAUGAAUAUAUGCCAGAUAAUGGAAACAAAGAAGCAAAGUCGUAUGAGGCGUUGCUGUUUCAUUGUAAAAAAGAGGGAAACUGGGCACGAGUAACAGUUCGCCAGAAUGCUCCUCCUCCUAUCCAUUUCGAUAACCAUAAUGCAUCAGCAUCAUACUAUAAUACGCAAGAGGCAAUGCAACAAUCGAAUAUUACUCAAUCGUAUAAUAUCGAAUGUUUCAUUGAGGCUCUGACUGGGAUCAUGACACCAGGUCAGGCUUCACUGCUUUCCGAUUUGCUCAAUGCUCUGAUUGGGAGUGAUUCAGAAGUGGAUAUCAAACCGUCUAGCGCUGCCGAGAGUGACGACGAUAUAAUUCUUCAUACUGACAACAAAUAUACAUCAAGCGACUAUCAUACCACAAAGGCGACUAGCAACUUACCUCAUGUUUUACAUCAGAAGCCGUCAUCUUUUAAAACGCAUCAACAGUCAAGUAGUUAUAAUAUGUCUAAUAGUGUUAGUUCACAUUCUGCCAAUGUACAGUCAACGGCAUCUUAUAAUCAAUCCGGAAUGAACUUCAAGCUAGAACUGCGUUUAAUAGAACUAUUCUUCUUGUAUAAUGACCCGAUCUUGGAAUGUAUUCCGGGAAGGGACACAUUCGAGAAACGACAAUUCGAAGAGAGUCAUUUAAAGGCAGAUGUCCAUAGCUGUGUUCUUAGCGUUUCAAAACGAAUGUCAGAUGAUAAUCUCUAUAACAAGAGGAGAACCGGGAGUACUUCGAGUGGUUCAUUUUCAUACGGACAACAUAAGAAUAGUGAUUUGGAGGAAGCAUCUAGCAUCUCAUUUAAUCUAACAAUAUCUGACUUUUAUAUAUUGGAGGCUUUGAAGGGACACUCGAGGCAGCGUUCGUCUGUCGACAUAUACACACAGUCUAACGCGAGCUCUGCCUGGAAGUAUUACCCUGUUUUACAGUUUGACUCUAAUCUAGAAAAGGAUUCCGGUUUUGAAGGGCAUGACUAUCCAGUUGAAAAUAUAAGGAGUAAUAGUGAAGGAAAGAGUUGGGGAGGUAAUAAGCAUACGGAUCACGGAGUCGAUUCUGCCGUUAUUAGAGUUGAUAUGCGAUAUAAUGAAGAAGAAGCGGUCAACAUUUCUACAGCUAAUCCUUCGCCUCAAUUACGUCGAGAUAUAAUUAUAGAGUUGGAACCGCUUGAAAUCUAUCUUAAUUUAUGGAUGAUAGAUCGGAUGUCUAAAUAUAUAAAUGGUAUCGCUGGGAGUAUCAACCGCGUGGAUAAAUUAGAAGAAGACAAGGCCCAAACUUUGUUUGCUUCAAGUAUAAUAGACGAUCUGGACGUUGGAUCGAGCGAGGACUCUUCCAUAAUACCGUCAAGACUUGAGAUACGCAAUGAUUUGAUUCGCUUCUGGCUCAUAUGCCCUGAUAUGAGUAGCGAUGGAAGUUGUGAACAUGGAAUACGAUCAGAUUUUAUUAUAAUUGAUGUAAUUGAAAUGAAUAUCCUAACGCCCGACGUCCGUUCUGGCAGAAUUGCUAGACCUUACACUUUUGGUCACUCUGAUACGAUUGAGACCGUAGCGAACUCGAUUGAUGAGAAUCAAACGAGAGUUAAAAUAGAGUGUCAUAGUGCUAAAGUUUAUUUGAAAAACGACAAAACUGAAAACAUUCUUACCGUUGAGAAGCUAGCUUCAGAUGAUCAAUCACUGACUCCGAACAUUUUGAUAACUUAUCGUCCAGUCAGUUCAGUAACAAGUAAACGGGCACCCAACGGAUCAUUUCCUUCAACUCCUUUUGCAAAAACGUUUACUUCAUUUGAAGGGGAAGAACGCGUUAAAUGGCAUCCAUCUGAGAGUGAAGAAGAGGAAAUGCUAAAUUUUAAACAUCGUACUAUUGAAAGAUCCAUCUUUGUCUUCAACUGUUUCUUCCCAUUUACUCGAGCAGACAUCACAAAACAAUCGUACGAUACACUAUUACUCCUGCUGAACGAUAUAUCAAUAUGGCAACAACCGAACAUUGGUCAGACGGGAAAUGAUACUAGUUCAUCUCUGACACCGACGGAACACUCUUUCGCAAUUAGUGGCUUUGAAACACACAUUCCACUAAACUUGGGAUUUGAGGAUGUUUCUUUGAACGAAGAUACCUUGGAGCCGAGACAACGCGCGGGAGAAGAGUUUAUUGGUAUUGCCAAGGACGCAAAACCAAGCCUGGCCUCCUUAGUUGUCUCAAUGGCGAAUGCCGAAAUUAAGCUAUUAUGUGACGCAACCGGUGACAUUCAAACAACAUCUAAGCGAUCUUAUCAAUUUGAUACAUCUGAAUUUAGAUUCUUUGCCGUCAUAAAUUAUGAAGGAGAAAACGUUACCUAUAUAUGCGUGGAUAAUGAUGACUUCACUCUUAGUGAUACUUCGAAUUCGAGGGAAAAAACGCAAAUACUACAGCGAACAAUCGCUAAAGAGAUCAAGACGAAGAAUACGCAUCCUAUGAGCUUGAUCAUUAUGGGCAUCUUCUUUGAUCAAGCUAUUAAUUAUAAGGAGACAAAAAUAGCUUUCUCGGUUAACGGGGUAACACUAAAAUAUACUAUGACACCCAUGUGGAUAGAGGACUUCUCGAAUUUCGUGCAAGAACCUACCAUGAUACCAUAUACAACCAUGACUAGUCAUACCAAACUACUAGUCAACAUCAAUGAUUCGUCGAUCUAUUACAAACCCGAAAACCUCGCGUCGCGUAUAGUGUUUGUAGUAGAGAAUGUAAAGGUUUCAAGCAGAAUAAUUCCCGAGUCUCCGACGUUUUCAUGUAAAGUUGUAGUACAAAAUAUGGACAUGGUGAUCGUUGAUGAUGUGAAGAGUUUGAGUGACCGCAUAAUUAACAGAGUUACCAGUGAUCCGUUAGACGUAAAAACAUAUUGGAAGGAAAUAGGUUUCGCCCAUGCCGCCGCCCUAGAUUUCGCCAAUAUAGCAGCACGAAUUAAGAGAAAUAUAUAUCCCUAUCUUGAGCUUAAGCUCACGGACGAAAAUUUAACUAUUGAAACAUGCGCCGAUACCUUUCAAACAAUACUUCAAUUGCUGAAUCAUAUAUCAGCCACGUUCAGUGCACCAGAUAAGAAGGAUAAAAAGUCUGCCGAUCCAACGACGUAUAUGUCGGUGGGUGAUGGGAUAACCGAAGCAUUAGAAGGAAGCAUAUUGGAUGAAAUAGACGAAAACGCUUUCAAAUAUUCGAAGCCAAAGACGAUUAAAUCAAGAACCCCCAAGAAUCAUUCAAAGCAGGACAAUUUGAAUCAAGAUGUUAUCUACUUUGAUGAGGAGUUUUUUGAGAAAGAUGAACCACGAGAUAGGCCUGAUAAUAAUGAUGAAGUGUUUGAAUCCAAGGCCGUUCGAGAGUUCGAUGGAGGCCUCGAAGAUUCCGAAAAUGUAAAAGGUCUCGAAGACUUUGAAAAUAAAUUAACAUGGGUAACACCUUAUGAAAUCGAAUACAAGGAAGAUCAUUUUGCUGCACCAACUGUCAGCGAACUCGAAGCAGCUGAAGGACAAAAGAAGAGCCUCAUGCGUGUUCGGAUACGAGACUUCAAUGUCAUAUGGAAGCUAUAUGAUGGAUAUGAUUGGGAGAACACUCGAACGGAAGUAUUGGAUCGACUUGCACGUGCCAAAGCUCAAGCUGAAAUGCUUGCUGAAGCGUCUAAAGAUACCGGAGAAGAAAUGAAUAAGACUGUGAAUACUGAGACGAGUAGUUUCUUCGAGCAAAUAGUGACAGGAACCCCAUUCAGACAUUCAGAAUAUGAUACCUUUUCGCAAGCGACUUCUGAGAUAGAUUUUAUGGAUGAUCAUAGUGAGACAGCCAGUCAGUUCGGUAGCAAAACAGAUACAGAUAAUCACUGUGGAAGAGAAGGGAGACGAUCGAACCCUAUUCACCGUCCUACUCGUCCGAAACUGAGUCGAUCGCGAUCUAGCAAAUUAGAUAUAAUAUUAGAGAAAAUAUCUUUAGAUUUUGAUUCGUAUCCAGAGGAUGAUCAAGUAGGCUUUCGCCUGCUUGUAUACGUUAAAGAGAUCGAAAUUCUUGACAAGAUUAAAACUUCUGGGUGGGGCAAAUUUAUGUCACACAUGCGAUCAGCUGAUGACAGGAACUUGUACGAGACAAAGUCCAAGAUGGUUCGAGUAGAGCUAAAAAGUGUUCGCCCAACUCCAUCCGAUUCAGAGGAGCUCAGAUUGAAAGUUCGACUGUUGCCAUUAAGAUUCCACAUCGAUCAAGAUGCUCUCAACUUUUUGAUACGAUUUUUCUCGUUCCAAGAUCGCUCUGACAGCACGCCUAAUACAGAAGAUGAUACUUAUUUUCAGUACUUUGAAAUACAGCCAGUUGUCAUGAAAAUAGAUUACAAACCCAAGCACGUUGAUUAUACAAAUCUGAAAGAGGGAAACCUUGUGGAACUUAUGAAUUUCUUCCAUUUGGAGGCUGCUGAAAUGACAUUAAGAGAUGUCACGCUUACUGGAGUUAAAGGAUGGCGACGACUAAUUGAAGAUUUGGGCGCUGCUUGGUUGCCCCAUAUCACUAAUACGCAAGUGUCCAAUGUGCUGUCAGGAGUAGCCCCCAUCAGGUCUCUAGUCAAUAUAGGUUCUGGAGUAGUUGAUUUGAUAUUGCUUCCUGUUGAACAGUACAAGAAAGAUGGCCGAAUUAUUAGAGGAUUGCAAAAAGGGACUCAAUCAUUUGCAAAAGCAACGACAAUGGAGGCUAUUAAACUGGGGACCAAAUUAGCUGUGGGAACGCAAGUAAUGCUGGAGCAUGCUGAUGAGAUAUUGUCAUUCAACUCCGAUGAUAAGAGUGGUCGUGGAGCAAGCAUGUCAACGGCAGCAAGCGAGGAUGAUAGCGAUGAUGACAAUCAAGAAGGGAAACCAAGUAAAUAUGCACAGCAGCCAGCCGAUAUUAAUGAAGGUAUUGAAGCUGCCUACAAGAGUCUCCGACAAAACAUUGGUACAGCUGCACAUACUAUAUUCGCUGUACCCAUGGAAGUGUAUGAAAAGACUGGAGCACAAGGAAGCGCUAAAGCAGUCAUAAAAGCUGUUCCAGUUGCUGUAUUGAAACCUAUGAUAGGCGCAUCAGAAGCUGUAUCCAAAACUCUUCUUGGGCUACGUAAUACCAUUGAUCCAAAUCAGAAACUGGAGAUGGAGGAUAAAUAUAAGCGAAGAACGUAG